CAAGCCAAAUUCAGUCGACCAUGAUCCCCGAAGAAUGUAGACCGAAGCAGAAAAAGAAUAAGACCGAGGCUCAACCACUAUCGUUCUCGUCACUCCCAGAUGAACUCGUAGAGAACAUUCUUGCACGUAUCCCAAACUGGAAGUACUCUAACCUCUCUCUCGUCUCCAAGAGAUUCCUCUCUAUCCUCUCUUCUCCCGAGCUCUACGCAACGCGGUCUCGCAUCGGAACCACCGAACCAUGCCUCUAUUUCUGCUUGGAAGACUCUCCCAAUAUCCCAUCUCCUAAAUGGUUUAGUCUUCGGAUGAAACCUGCUAAUGAAACCCUAAAAGACGACCGUGAUAUUCUUGGAGACUAUUCGUUGGUUCCGGUACCGUCUAGUCCCCAUACUCAUCAACUAGACUAUCCUCCCACCGUAGUUGUUGGUUCGGAAAUAUAUUUAAUCGGUGGACCCUCCUACGGACCGCCGUCUUCCCUUGUCCGUAUCCUUGAUUGUCGGAGUCACACAUGGCGUGAUGGCCCUAGCAUGUCCGUGGCACGUGCGGGUGCGUCUGCUUAUUACAUUCAUGGGAAAAUAUAUGUAAUGGAAAGAUGCCGGAAAGAUGAUGAUAACUGGAUGGAAGCAUUGGACGUAAAGACACAGAGUUGGAGUCCCUUGCUGAGCCACGGAGCUACUGACUUUCGCAGCGACUGGUUUAUAAUCAAAGUGUUUAGAGGAAAGAUUUACGUAAUUGGUAGUACAAACUAUGCUUAUGACCGGAACACAGAUACGUGGGAAGUUGUGAAAACGCACGAGUUGACAUUCAGCUGUAUACUUGCAGCAAAUUGGUGUGUGAUUAAGAAUGUAAUAUAUAGUUAUAGAGAUGGUUCUCUCGUACGGUUUAGUUACAAUAAGAGAAGGUGGGUAAAAGUCGAGGGUGGGGAUUUGGAACUGUUUCGUACGCAUAGAAGAUAUAAGUUUUCAGGGGAGUGUGUGCUUAGUAUACGUAACCACGGUGGAAAACUUUUAGUCAUGUGGUCUCCCAGGUUUGAGGAAAACAAUAUUGGAAAAUCAGAAAGGAGAAUUUGGUGCGCCAAAAUCGCGUUAGAAGGGAGUGGAAAUGGGGUUUGGGGAAGAGUGGAGUGGGCUAAUGAAGUGCUUAAAGUCACCAGUUCGUAUAAGUUCUUGAGUUGUGUAGUCAGUUGGAUUUGA